AUGGCUAUGGGAGAUGCCGAGCUGACUGAGCACUGUGGCCCCCAGUUUCCAGCCACUCAUCAAGGAGUGCUGGAGCAGAUGGGUGACAUCCUGGGCCAGGUGAAGGGCACUGGCAGCGUCCCUGCCAGCACCUGCAGCGGUGUUGCACAGGAUGCUGCCAAUGCCCUGCAGUGCAUCAUGGGCCUCCUGGACAGCGAGGUGCCGCUGGGUGGCCUCAGGCCCUGUUGCUGCGGCAACCAGGCUCAGUCCAGCCGCGACUGGGAGCGGGAGUGGGAGAGCUGCUGGACGCUAGCGGAUAUUGGUGGAUAUUGGUGGAUGCCAUUGGACACUGGUGCCGGCCCCGGGCCGAGGGUGCCGCUGGGUGGCCUCAGGCCCUGUUGCUGCGGCAACCAGGCUCAGUCCAGCCGCGACUGGGAGCGGGAGUGGGAGAGCUGCUGGACGCUAGCGGAUAUUGGUGGAUAUUGGUGGAUGCCAUUGGACACUGGUGCCGGCCCCGGGCCGAGCCAGCAGUGUGUGUGCGUGCUGGGGAGCCGGCAUCAGGCUGAGCCUGCCAAGCUGACUCCCUCCUCCUUCCUGCAGGAGAUGACUGAGGUCAUGGAGCAGAGCCUGGGUAGCACUCAGCAGGGGAGCCUGCCCCAGAUCAUCCAGAAGGGUGGCAAGGCUGAAGAGAGGAGGCUGCCCUGGCUCAAGCAGAGGCUGGGCAGCAUUCAGAAGAUGUGGCUGCCCUCCAUUGCCACCAAGGGGGGCAGCACCCGGGAGAUGAAACUGCCCCCACUUUCCACCAAGGGGGGCAGCACCCAGGAGAUGAAACUGCCCCCACUUUCCACCAAGGGGGGCAGAACCCAGGGGAUCAGGCUGCCCCCUGUUACCGGGAGGGGCAGUCCUGAGGCGAGGACCCUGUCCCCGAUGCCCCAGCUUGCAGACUCCAGCGACUCCUCCUGUCCAAAGCUGCUGGCAGUGCUGAGUUCCUUCUGCCAGGAGAAAGCUCAGGCAUUGCUCCCUGCUGCCCUGGAGCAGAGCUCCUUUGAGCCUGUCCCAUCAGAGGUGGUAUUCCAGAACUACCUCCCCCACAAGGUCUACGAAGGAAUGCUGGUUCUGCGGAACAAGGGCAGGGUUCCUCAGUGGGUGAAGGUCAUCAUGGAGACCUCUCCUUUCUUCAAGUUGGUUGGUCCCAAGGAUGUGUGCCAGAAAGUAGCACCUGGCAUGGUUUCUACUUACUCCAUCCUUUUCACCCCUGACGAGAACAAGGAUUACUGUCACCAGCUGCUCUGUGUCACCCAGAGGGAGGAGUUCACCGUGCCCAUCCGAGCUGUAGGUGCCCAGGCUGUGCUGGACUUCCCCCAGCAGCUGAACUUCUCUGUCUGCCCGGUCAAGUACAGCACUCAGAGGACUCUGCUGCUCCGCAACGUGGGCGAGCGGAAGGCUCACUACUUCAUCAGCACUCAGAGCCCAUUCUCUGCUGAGCCCUGUGUGGGAGCUCUGGGGGCCGGGGACGCCGUGCAGGUGGCUGUGGAGUUCCUGCCGCUGCGGACCGGGGAGCACCGCGGGGCCCUGACCCUGCACUGUGACUCAGGAGAAGAUAUUCACACCAGCCUCAGUGGAACAGCUGUGGAUGUGAACAUCAGGCUGGACGAGAGCUCCUUGACCAUGAAGACGACCUACAUGUCGCUGUGCACCCAGAGCACCCUGCUCAUCCACAAUGGCAGUGAUGUGAAAGCUCACUUCCAGUGGAAGGCUGCUGCUAGUGAGGAGGAGGGGGAGCAGCAGAAGCAGAGGCUGUGGGGGCCGUUCAAGCCUCAUCCCCCCAAGGAGCCCAGGAAGGAGCCUGCGCCCCAAGGACGCCGUUCCCGGCUCUCCCGCAUCUUCCAGCAGCAGAGGGCGAAGGCGGAAGGAGAGUCCCUGCUGUGCCGCUCUGCGGAGAUCUUCAGCAUCGAGCCGCUGGAGGGAGAGGUGUGGCCUCACUGCUCAGCUGAGAUCCAGGUCACCUUUAAGCCCCAGGCAGCCAGAGUCUAUGAAGCGAGCUUCUACUGUGACAUCUCAGGCCGUCAGGCCAGGCUGCCUCUGCACAUCCAAGGGGAAGGCCGAGGGCCCUGGCUCUGCUUCAGGCUCGAGCAGCUGGACAUUGGGCAGGUGUUGGUUGGAUCCAGCAACAAGUAUGAGGUGACUCUGCGCAACAAAGGAGCCAUCUGUGCCUCCUUCAGCUUGGUCCCCCCAACUACAGCUCUGGGCUCCUGCUUCAGCUUCUCCCCCUGUCAGGGCAUCCUUUUGCCAGAUGAGUUCCAAGUCAUCCAGGUCUGCUUCUGUCCCACUGUCCUGGGGCACUUCACAGAGGAAUUCAGGUUCAGUGUGAAAGGAUCCCCUGAGCCUGUGACCUUGACUGUCAGGGGCUGUGUCUCUGCACCUUCUCUGCACUUCGAUGUCCCUUGCCUGCGCUUCGGGGACGUCUCCUAUGGCUUCCCUCGCAGCCUGUUCUGUCGCCUCACCAACGCCUCCGCGCUGCCCGUGGCCUUCACCCUCCGCGUGCCCGGGGACGGCGCGGCAGAGCCCAGCGUGCCCGGCGCUGCCCAGGGGCUGGACACCUCUCUGUCCUCCUGGAAGAGACCCAGGAGGUGCCUCAGGCCCUGCGAGUUCACCAUCAGCCCUGGCAGCGGCACCAUCCCUGCCCUGAGCUUCCAGGACAUCCAGGUCACCCUGUGCUCCAACACCCUGGGCACCUACAAGCUGGCACUGGUGGUGGAUGUGGAUGGUGUGGGCCAGGAGCUGCUGUCGCUGCCCCUCACAGCCAGGUGUGUGGUUCCUGCUCUGCAAGUGCUCAGCCCUGUGGUGUCCUUCGGCCGCUGCUACCUGCAGCUCCCUGCCCAGCAGCUGCUGACCCUGGUGAACGACAGCCACCUGCCAGGCUGCUACGCGCUGCUGCCUCAGGAGCAGCAGGAGGAUGCCGCUGUGCUGUACUCCAGCCCCGUGCCCUGUGGGAUCAUCCAGCCUCACAGCUCCGUGGCGGUCCCGCUGAUGCUGGAGGCGCAGGUGCCAGGAGAGUGGUACACUCCGGCCCGUGUGGCCGUGUUUGGGCGCGCAGGACGCCCCCUGGAGGUUGCUUUGUUGAGCACUGGAGAGGGCCCAGUUGUCUCUGUGCAGCCCAGCCAGGUCGAUUUUGGCAGCAUCCAAGUUCUGCAGGAGGCCUCACGGUAUCUGCAGCUCUGCAAUCAGAGCCCCAUCCCUGCAGCCUUCCAGGCAGAGCUGUCUGGCAGAGGCCGGUGCUGGAGGGUAGAGCCCAGCCAAGGAGUGAUCCCCCCCGAGGGCCAGGUGUCUGUGUGUGUCACAGCCAAGCUGGACGACACGGAGCAGUUCGAGGACGAGGUGCAGCUGCGGGUGGAGCACAGCCGUGGCUACAGCGUCCCCGUGCGGGCCCUGGGCGUCGGCAGCACCAUCGUCACCGACAGCCCCUUGGCUCCGCGGCUCAGCCUGGGCACUCGCUUCAGCCUGGCUCCCUGCUGUUACAGCUUCAGGGUCGCCAACCGAGGCCGCCGCACCCAGCGGCUCUGCUGGAGCGUGGGAGGUUGCUCCCCGCCUGGCCAGCGCCGUUGGCUGCCUUCCCUCAGCAGCACCAAGGACAAAGCUUCCUCCCAGAGCCCCACUGCUGCCUGCCCUGUGUUUCAGUUUCGGCCCAAGAGGAUGGAGCUGAGCCCAGGCCAAACGAUGGAGGUGGUGCUGGAAGGCUUCUCCAGCACUCCCCAGGUGGUGAGGGAGCAGCUGCUGUGCCACGCCGUGGUGGGCAACGAGGCCAGGAGCACCCAGAUCAUGCAGGUGGAGCUCAGCUGCCAAUUCAUUGCUCCUGCCCUGCAGAUAUCCUCCACAGCAAUCACUUUCCAGGUGGAGAAGCAAGCAGGGGAUGUCCUAACCCCUCUGGCCCAGCCUCUUUCUUUAAAGAACACCUGCCCCCUGCCACUCAGCAUGGUGCUGGACUUAGGGCAGCCCUUCUCUAUCUGUGAUGUGGAGCAGCAGCCCCUGCCUGCAGAUGCUCAGCCCGUGAAGCUGGAGGCAGGGGAGGAACUCUCCCUCUGCAUCAGCUUUAACCCUGCUCAUGAAGAGGGUUUGAGUUCCUGGCAAGUGGAGCAGGCUCUGAGGAUCCAGUUCCUGGAGCACCCUCAUGAGGAGCAGGUCCUGGUGCGGGGAGAAGUCUACUUCCCCAACCUGCACUUCCAGAGCAUGGUUGUGGACUUUGGCUGCAUCCUGAAUGACACUGGAGCCAUGCAGAGCCUGGAGAUGACCAACUGCAGCCCACUGCCUGUCCACUACUGCUGGCAGCUGCUGCCAGACAGCCAGGGCAGCCAGCUGGCAGUGCAGGCGGAGAGAGCCUGCUGGCGGCGCUGGGCCUCUGCCGGGAGCAGCUCCAGGGCUGGGGGUGUGGAGGAGCCAGCCUGGGCCCUGGGAGCAGCUGGGGAUCCUGCCCAGGAGCCAGCAGAUGCCAAGGACUCCCUGGAGGCAGAGCUGGGUGGUGCUGUGGAAGCUCCCAGCCCAUCAGGGAUCAAGCAGUUGAUGAAGCUGGAAGAGACAGAGCUUCUCAGUUUGGGACUGGAGGAGGUGUUCGAUGUGCUGCCGCUGCAGGGGCUGCUGCAGCCGGGCCAGAGCCAGCAGGUCACCUUCAGCUUCUUUGGCCACCCCAACAUUGUGGCCAGUGCCAGGGCUCUCUGCAGGGUGCAGGGAGGCCCCAGCUACGAGGUCAGGCUGCGUGGGGAGGCCUCACUCAUCAGCUACCUCCUGGACACCACGGAGCUGGACGUGGGGCCGCAGCCGUGGGACAGGGUCACAGAGGUGGAGGUGACCCUGCAGAACAGCGGGAAGCUGCCCUUCACCUUUGUGGUGCUGAGCCCUGGCAUGGGCACUGCCUGCAGCCCCCUGCCCAGUGUGCCCCUGGUGGUGCCCAGCACGGGUGACCUUGGAGCCGGCCAGCAGCAGCUGCUGAGAGUCUCCUACCUGCCAGAGGCGCCUGGGGCCUUCUGCAAGACUUUCCAGCUCCAAGUGGGUCACCUGGAGCCAGUAGAAGUCUCCCUGAAAGGAGUGGGAAGCUUCCCCAGGAUCUGCCUGGACCUGCCCAGGCACAUCCAAGGGAAUGAGAAAUAUGAGAAGGCCUUCAGGAAGGUGAAAGAACAGAUGGCCAAGGACAGUGAAAGAGAUGGAGAAGUUGUCCUGGGGGAGGCUGCAGCCACAGAACCACCCCCAGAUGACUUGGACGCAACGCUGGACCCUGGGCUGCAGAUGCAGCUGGAGGACAUCCUCCUCAAGGAAGCUGUGGCCUGCAGUGCCCCAGGGGAAGCUGCCCUUAGGCCGCGUGCUCGCCGCAGGCUUCUCAAAGCUGAGCUGCCUGAGCACGUCCUGGACUUUGGCUGCGUGGCUCUGGGUGGCAGCCACAGGCGCACCGUGAAGGUCACCAACCCGGGGCAGUUCCCUGUGUCCUUCCAAGUCCGUGGGCAGGUCCUGAGUGGCACAGGCUUCAGCGUGGACCUGGGGCUGGUGAAGCAGCUGCCCUGCUCCCAGAGCAGGACCUUCACUGUGUGCUUGGAGCCCCAAAGUGCCGCCCUGCCGCUGGGCGAGGUGGAUGUGCUGCUGCCCCUCCAGGUAGCAGGAGGCCCCACAUUUCGUGUCCUCCUCCAUGCCAGGGUGGCUGUGCCAUCCCUCAGCCUCUCCAGGGACAGGCUGGAGCUCUCUGCUAUUCAGUGUGGGCAGUGCCAGGAAGAGACCAUCCGGCUCUACAAUCAGAUCCAAGUGCCCUGCCAGUGGUUCCUCAGCAGGGCUGAGCCUGCUCAGAAGGUGGACAAACCUUUGCCGGCCAGCAGGCGUGGGAAGCUGCCGCAGGAGCUGAAGGCCAAGGCCUCUGUCUUUGAGGUGCUUCCCUCAGCUGGAGUCCUGGACCCUGGGCAGUGGUGCAACCUGCAAGUUAGAUUUUCCCCCGUGGAAGAGAAGCUCUACAUGAGCCAACUGAAGUUGAACAUCUGCCAGAGCAGCCAGCACCUCCAGCUGCUGGUCUUGGGGAGUGGGUUGGAGCCACGCCUGGAGUUCUGCCCUGAAGAGCUGGAGCUGGGGCCAGUGCUGCCAGCCAGCCCUGGGGCACAGGGGACCGUGGUGGUGAAGAACCCUUGUGAGUUCCCCAUCGAGUUUUACUCUCUGGAGUUUGACCAGCAGUACCUUGCUGAGGAGCAGAUCCUGCGGGAGCUGGAAGGCUACGACUGCCGCAGGACCUUGCUGCUGCCUCCACGGGCCCCAGGGGAGCAGCUGCCUCCAGAGCUGCUGGAGGGCUGUCAGGGCCAGAAGAGGCUGCAGGAGGAGCAGGCCAAGUCCAGUCCUCAAGACCCAGCAGCCCAGGACAAGGAUGAAGCUGAGCAUCAGCAAAGCACCACCAGCAUCAGGGAGGCCACAGAAGAACUGGAGGCCAGCCCAGUCCGUAGGGCCCUCGCCCGGUACCUCAGCAUCCCUGAAGGAGCCCCACAGCACAAAGGGAUCGUGGUCAUCAUCCAUGGGGCACCCCUGGCAGGCAAGACGUCGGUAGCGGCCGCCCUGGCCAAGCACUACGGCGCCGCCUGCCUGUCCCUGGACGCUGUGGUGAACGAGGCCGUGGCGGCCGGGAGCAGCGCGGCAGGGCGGCGAGCCCGGGAGCUGUGCAGCGCCGCCGGCAGCCAGCAGAGCCUUCAGCAGGCACAGGAUGCCCGUAAGGAGCCAGGUGUGAGGGCAGCUGCUGCCUUCCGGCAGCGGCGCAGCACCAAGGCCAGGCUGAGCUUGCCCCGGAGCUCUGUGGACAAAGGCAGCCAGCAGCCCCUCGGCUCCCGAGGCCAGCCCGGAGCUGCGGCCGGCAAGGGGAAGGCUUCGGCUGAGAGACAGCUUCCGACGGAGCCCUCAGGCUCCCAGCCCUGGCUGAGCCCCAGGGGCAGCAUGGUGGCAGAGCUGGGCACGGCGAGCUGCGUGCUGCCCGAAGAGCUGCUGGUGGCCAUCCUCUCUGAAAGGCUGCAGCUGAGGGACUGCUCCCAGGGAGUGGUGUUUGAUGGCCUGCAGAGCCUCUUUGCAGGCAGCACGGUGUCUGCUCUCCUCUGCCUGCUCAAAGCCGUUGGAAAUCGACCUCACAUCUAUUUUGUGAACCUGCUCCAGGGUUUUGCCUCUUGGCAAGCCAGGCAGGCAGCUGCAGAGGAGCAGGAAGGCCGGGAGCGGGAAGAAGCGGCCAGGAGGGAGGAAGCACAGCUCUGGGAGCUGGGGGAGGAGGAGUACGAUGCCCUCACAGAAGAGCAGAAAGCUCAGCUGGAGCGCAGGAUCCGACAGCUCCAGAGGGAGAGGCGGCAGAGGGCGCUGCAGCGGCUGGCUGGAGAGCUGCAGGAGCAGCAGCAGGAGCUGCAGCACUGGCAGGAGGCAGAGGAGCUGAGGAACUUGAAGAAGAGCAAGAAAGAGCAGAAAAGGCAGCCUCUGGUCAGGGAGACCAUGAACACACCCAGCAGCAGCGCCAGCGUGCCCACCAGCAAGCAGAUGAGUGCCAGCGAGCAGGCAGGCAAGAAGAGGUCUGCCAAGGAGGGCCCAGCCUCUGCUGCAGCUGACAGGGAAGAUGGGAACAAGCAGAGCAAGCUUGCCCCAGCAGACACCUGCUCAGUGGUGGAAACCAAAGAGCAAGGCCAGGCUGACGGCAAGAACUUGGCCCUGAGGUUUAAGGCCUAUGAGGCAUCACAGAAAGAUGUGGCACAUGUUUUGUCAUGCUGGGACAGGGUGCAGGGUGUCCUGCUGGCCCCUUCAAACCAGGAAGAUCAUCAUCAGCAUUUCUCCAGCCCCAGGAGGCAGAAGACUAAAAAGAAGGAGCGUCAGGAGAGGCUGGAGAAAGAGCUCCUGGAGAAAGAGCUCCUGGAGAAACUGAAGCCUCCUGAGGCCCCCAAGUUGUCUCAGCUGGCAGGGGGCGGUGCAGCAGGGUCAGCCAGUGGCCAAGAAGUUGGCGUGCCCUGCUUGGACAUCGAGGUGCUGAGCACUGCAGAUGUGCUGAGCACCAUCCUGGAGAGCAGGAAGCUGCCAGGGGCAGAGCAGGUCCUGGAUGAGCUGGGCCUGGGUCCCUCAGGGCCCCCCAUUCCCCCCACUGCUCUCUACUCUGUGGUUUGCUACCCAGACAAGAGGGAGGUGCCUGCAGAAGUCCUCCAGCACUUUGUGCUCCUGCCAGAAGCUGCCACAGUGCCAGAAGAGGAGGAGGCUCCUGAAAGUGGUGUGGAUGUCCCCACUGUGCCCACAGUGAAGGUGCCAGGGCUGGAUGGGGGCAAGGGGGCAGCAGUGUCUGAAGGUUCCUCUUUCCCUGCCAGGCUCAGCAGCUACCGCUGGGUAGUGCCUGCCCAGGGCCAGGUGGCGCUGCAGGUCCACUUCAGCUCCGCGGUGCUGGGCAGCUUUGAGCAGAGGCUGCACUUCGAGCUGCUCGGCACCAAGCGAGCCUACCAGCUGCACUGCAGGGGCACCUGCCUGCAGCCCACCAUCAGCCGGGACCCACGGGAGGUGUUUCCUCGCUGCAGGAAGAGCAAGGCAGCUGAUGCCAUCCUCUCCAAGGAGUAUGUCCUGAGCACGGGGGUGUUCCACUUCGGGCCGCUGCUGUGUGGCAAGGCAAGGGACAGGUCCAAGGCUGUGCUGCAGGCUGGCAACUGCGAGAAGAUCUCCAUCCGCAAUGUCACCCCCUGGGAGGCGGAGGUGCACUUCUCCUUUGAGCGGGGUGGCAGGGGGGGCACCUUCCUCUUGGAGCCUGCCAGCAUGCAGCUGGGACCUAAGGAGAAGCAGGAGCUGAGCAUCUGGGCAUACCCCACUUCACCUGGCCUGGUGGAAGACAGCCUCAUCUGCUGCAUCAAGGGCAACCCAGAGCCAGUGGUCUUCCACCUGUGCUGCCAAGGGGUGAAGGUGAAGCUGGGGGUCAGCCCCAAGCAGCUGCAUUUCAACAGGGUGCUUCUGCACAGGUCACACAGCAGGACCCUGCUGCUGCAGAACAGCUGCCCCCUGCCGGUGGCCUGGAGGCUCAGCGGGCUGGAGACCCUCGGCGAGGGCUUCUCCGUGUCGCAGAGCGAGGGCAUGGUUGGGCCCCGCUCGGAGCUGGCCGUGCAGCUGUGCUUCAGGACCACCAAGGCUCUCAGCGUGGAGAAGAAGAUCCGUUUGGAGGUUUCAGAUGCAGAGAAUGUCCAGGGUGUUGUUCAGGUGGAGAACAUUGAAGUUCUGGCUGAGGCCUACGAAGUCGCUCUGAACAUCACCCUGCCUGAAGGUGCAGAUGGCUGUGUGAACUUUGGAGUCCUGAAGGUCCUGGAUAGUGCCAAACAAGUGCUGAGUCUGAGGAACCAAGGGCAGUACAAGAUUGCAUACAGGUUCAGGCUGUGCCCCACAGACCCCAGGACCCGUGACCUGGCCUCCCACCUCACUGUGCAGCCCCAGCAGGGCCUGCUGCCUGCCUCUGAGCGCCCUGUCAGUGUCCAGCUGCUCUUCCACCCCCAGAGGGAGAUCAGCAUUGAGGACGAAGCCAUCCUGCUGUGCCAGGUGCUGGAGCCCAGCCUGAGUGCAGGAGGGGAGCCCAUUGCCACCAUCCCAGUGAGGCUGUCAGGCAGAGCUGUGUUCAGCCAAUACAGCAUCAGCCCUGCGGCGCUGCUCGACUGCGGGGCCAUGGCCAGCGGCACCAGGAGAGCCUGCAGCUUCCUGCUGCAGAACAGAGGCCUCCUGCCCUUCGAGUUCCUCAUCUGCAGAGCAGACCAGGAUGCAGCUGAGCCCACAAAGAAAAGGAUGUUCUCCGAGUCCCACAAGCAGGGGAGCUUCAAUGGAAGGUCUGCUGCAGGCAAGCAGAACAAGCCCUUGCUGCCAGAGGGAACCAAGCCCCCCAUGAAGGCUCGCUUCACCCUGGGCAUGUUCACUGUGUCCCCUGCCUUUGGCUCCAUCCUUGCUGGGGAGCAGCAGCUGGUGACGGUGGAUUGUGCUGCGGGGCUGCCAGGGCCGUGCCAGGAGCACCUGGUCAUCGACAUCAGCAACAGAGACCCCAGGGACAACCCUCUGGGCAUCCCCUACACCCUGCUGGCCGAGUCCUGCCUGCCAGCAUUUGUGGCUGAUGACAUUGAGUCCAUCUUUGAGGGCCAUCAGAUCUGCAGCAGCAGCAACCUCUGCCAGGUCCUCCAGACAGUGCAGGAGGAGCAGGGAGUGUUCCUCACAGAUGAGAACAAGUUCAUCUUCACCAACGUCCUGGUUGGGCACCAGGCCACGGCACGCUUCAAGAUCUGCAAUGUGAACAGAAUCCCCUGUGAUGUGCUCCUCUCCAUCAAACCCAGCCCCAAGAAGCUGAAGAGCCACUCUGGCCAGGUGUUUGAGGUGGAUCCUGUCCGGCUGUCCGUGCCCAGCUGCUCCCAUGCCUUUGCCACUGUCACCUUCACUCCACGGAGGGUAAAGAGCUACCAUUGUACUUUUGAGGCCUCCCUUGAUGUCCAUACAAGCCAUGCAGCAGUGAGAGCCCAGAGCCUGACCUUUGAGAUCAGCGGCGAGGGGAAGCUGCCUGAGGUGAGCGUCCUGCGCCCGGCGCUGAAAGACAGGAGAGGGAACCCCCUGCUGCUCUUCAGGAGGCUCCUGCUGGGGGCCUGGGAGAAGCUGCCCCUGGUCCUGCAGAACUCUGGUGCUGUCCCUGCCCAGGUGCUGCUGGAUCUGUUAGAUGAAGAGGGAGUUUUCUUCUUGAAGGCCAGGCCCACCACAAAAUGCCUCUACCAACCUGUGGGCAUGAAGGACUCUGCUGGAGAAGAGAGGAAGCUCCACACUGCUUCCCUGCUCCUGCAGUGUGGGGAGACAGCAGAGUUUGAGGUGCUUUUCAAGCCCACCCUGGCCCAACGCCUGGAAGGGAAGCUCCACCUGGCAGUGCUGGGCAACCCCUCUGAGACCACCAUCAGGCUGGUGGGUGAAGGCCAUGAAGAUGACUUCACCCUGGACAACAUCCAGGGACUGGUGACAGACAGGGAGGAGCAGAACCUCACUGAGGGCAGCCUGGAGGAGGACAGCAUUGAGGCUGACCCGGGGGAUCACAUCCAGUUUGGGUUCUGUGCCGUCGGCGCCCCCUCCUCCGUGACCUUCACCAUCGCCAACCGCCACAGGGGGCAGGCCCUGCGCUUCCAGUGGCUGCCUGAGCCUCCCUUCCACUUCUCCCCCCAGGUGGGACACCUCCAUGCUGGCUGUGCAAAGGACAUCACAGUGACCUUGCAAUCUGAAGUUGAGGUCGCCUUUAGAAAGCACCCAGUGAAGUGUCAGGUGUCCAGGAUCUCCUUCCACCUGCCACCAGAGGAGGUCCCUGACUGGGAUGACAGCCUGCAUACCAUCAAGUGGGUGGAUACCACAAGGCCCCCAGGUGCCAGCUGGCCUGUCAAGAAGAAGGUGCUGGAGCCAGAGGCAGAACCAGCUCACACUGUCUUGGAGAGCAGCAGCCACGAGGUGCAGAUUCUCCUCAGCGCUGUUGUGACUGGCUCUGAGUGUGCUGAAGAGGUUAUUAAUUGA